GCUCGUGAUUUACAAGAAAUCAGCGCAAAGCCGUCUAAGGGGUCCCGAACGCAAAUCAAGUCAAGCCAAACGGCGACUACCAGCGACUUGAACCAGGCAGCAGACGCCACGCCCACUCCUACGUAGCGCGCCAUCUCACAAACUGCACGCAACGACCAGCAAGACCAGCCAAGAUGGACCUUAUAAUGUCCCUGCCGAUCCUGUCGUACUUUGCGGCACCGAUGAUGACCUCUUGGUCGACGUCGCUCAACCUGCUCUUCUUCUACAUGACGUGGUCGACGCUGGUCCUGUCGCACGACCCAAUCUAUAUUGAGAUCAUUGGGACGACGGCUAUAAAAGUGGUGUUCUGGCUGCUGCCAUCGCUCCUAUUCCUCGCCUUCGACGCCCUCGUGCCCAGUCUUGCCGAGUCGAUCAAGCACUACGGUCGUUCCUCGCUGCCGCGCCGUGACGCGGCAUCACUCGCCCAGCAGGUCAUUCUGGCCAUCUUCAACGUGCUACUCUGCGGCGCCGUCGAGGCCGUCAUAUCGUUUGGCGCCUCGACAUAUCUCCACCGACCACUGUUCAAGUCGAGCACCACGCUGCCUUUGCCGUGGCAGAUCAUCAAGCACAUCCUCACGCUGUACACGUUGCGCGAGCUGCUGACUUACUACAUCCAUCGCUUCGUGCUGCACUCGCCUCAUGGGCGUGGCGGCGCCAUCGCCAGGCUGCAUGGCAGCUACGCGCACGCAAGCCGCGGCGGCGGUGCGCCGUACGCCCUGAUGCUCUUCGCCGACCACCCGCUGCCGCUAUUUCUCAACCGCCUCGUGCCGGUGUACCUGCCCGCGCUGGUCCUGCGGCCGCACCUGCUGACAUACUUUGCCUUCACGCUGCUCACCACCAUCGAGGAGACGGCCAGCAUGUCCGGGUACAGCAUCGUACCGGGGAUCGUGCUGGGCGGGAUCGCUCGCCGCACGGCGACGCACUACGCAAGCGGCGGGCAGGGCAACUACGGCGCCUGGGGCUUCCUGGACUGGGUCAGCGGGACCAGCGUCGGGAGAGACGUGAUUGAGGACCUGCAGGACGAGGCCGACAAGCACCAUGUGAGGGAACGGGGGAAGCGAGCUGCGAUUGAUGCUGGAAGUACGGUGCAAGAUGGAAUUGAUGGGGUCCGCAAGACGAGGAAGGGUAGGAAGACUAGAGCUGCCUAGGGUAAUUAACUGGGUUCCGAAUUUCUGAAAAAUGGUUAGAAUGAAUGCACACUGAAACACGACUUCGAGUUGAUGCCUGUGUAUGGCUCCAGAUUUGGUCCAACGCGGAAUCCGGGGACGUCUUGUCAUCGUUUCUACGCGCGGCGCACGAUACACUAAAGCAGACGUGCCGAGACAUUGGCAAUUGCUGUCUUGAAAGAAGGUUUAGGGGCACAAUGACCCCCGUUGUGGGGAUGAUGCUGGGAAUGCUCGUAGUCCCCCAGACAGAGAUUCG